CCGCCCCCGCCGUGAGGGCGCGGCCAUGGACGGCCCCGGCGCGGCGGCGGGCGCGGGGCCCAGUAACGUGCCCGCCUUCCUCACCAAACUCUGGACGCUCGUGGAGGAUCCCGACACCGACGCCUUGAUCUGCUGGAGCCCGAGCGGGAGCAGCUUCCACGUGUUCGACCAGGGCCAGUUCUCCAAGGAGGUGCUGCCCAAAUAUUUCAAACACAACAACAUGGCCAGCUUUGUGAGACAGCUCAACAUGUAUGGCUUCAGGAAGGUGGUGCACAUCGAGCAGGGCGGGCUGGUGAAGCCGGACAAGGACGACACGGAAUUCCAGCAUCCCUUCUUCCUCAGGGGCCAGGAGCAGCUCCUGGAGAACAUCAAGAGGAAAGUCACCAGUGUGUCAGGGCUGAAGGGCGAGGAGGUGCGGGUGCGGCAGGACAGCGUGGCGCGGCUCCUGGCGGACAGGCAGCCAUGGGGGGCCAAACAGGACAGCCUGGACUCGAGGCUGCUGGCCAUGAAACACGAGAACGAGGCUCUGUGGCGGGAGGUCGCCAGCCUGCGCCAGAAGCACGCGCAGCAGCAGAAGGUGGUCAACAAGCUGAUCCAGUUCCUGAUUUCCCUGGUGCAAUCCAACCGGACUGGCGUCAAGAGGAAAAUCCCCCUGAUGCUGAACGACGGCGGCGCCGCACAUUCCAUGCCCAAGUACAGCCGGCAAUAUUCCCUGGAGCACCACGGGAACUCCGCCUUCCCCGCUCCGUCCCCGGGGUUCGGGGGCCCGGCGCUGUUCCCGGCGGAUCCCGGCAUUCCCAACUCCGGCCCCAUCAUCUCAGACGUCACCGAGCUGCCCCCGUCCAGCCCCGAGGGAUCCCCCGCGGCCAGCCUGGAUGGGAGGAGCAGCCCGGUGAUCCGGAUCAAGGAGGAGCCUCCCAGCCCCACGCGGAGCCCGCAGGUGGAGGAGCCCAAGAACCCCGGGAAUUCUGGGAAUCCCGGCAAUUCCGAGACCCCCCUGUCCCCCUCCACCUUCAUCGACUCCAUCCUGCGGGAGAACGACUCCGGAGCCGCUCCCGGGAAUCCCCAAUCCCAGGAAAAGUGCCUGAGCGUCGCCUGCCUCGACAAGAAUGAGCUGAACGAGCACCUGGACACGAUCGACUCCAGCCUGGACAACCUGCAGGCGAUGCUGAGCACGCACGGCUUCAGCAUGGACAGCGCCCUGCUCGACCUCUUCAGCCCGUCCAUGGCGGUGCCGGACGUGACCCUGCCGGACCUGGACAGCAGCCUGGCCAGCAUCCAGGAUCUCCUCUCGUCCCAGGAGCAGCAGAAGCCGACGGAGGCCGAGCCCGGCGCGGGGGACUCCGGGAAGCAGCUGGUGCCCUGCACAGUCCAGCCCCUGUUCCUGGUGGAUUCCAGCGCCGUGGACGUCGGAUCCGGGGAUCUCCCGAUCUUUUUCGAGCUGGGGGAGGGGCCGUGCUUCCCGGACGGGGACGAGUAUCCCGAGGAGUAUCCCGAGGAAUAUCCCGAGGAAUAUCCCGAGGAAUACCCCGAGGAGCCCGCGCUGCCGCCCAAGGACCCUUAGGGACGGGGACAGGGACAGGGACACGAGCGGGAAAAGGAUCCCAAAAAAAAACGGAUCCCAAAAAAAAAAAAAAGGAUCAAAAAAAAAAGAAAAGGAUCCCAAAAAAAAGGAUCGGGAAAAAAGGGAAGGAAAGCCCCGAGCGACUCGUCCUGCUUCGCGCUGACCCCGGAGCCGCCGCCGCCCUCGGAGCGUCCCGGGGGAUUCCGGGGGAUCCUGGAACCUUCCAGGAGAUCCUGGAGGAUCCUGGGGAAUCCAGAAUGUUACAGGAGAUCCAAGAGCAUCCCGGAGAAUUCUGGGGGAUCCUGGAACAUUCCAGGAGAUCCUGGGGAAUCCUGGAGGAUCCCAGAGCGUCCCAGGGAAUCCUGGAGCAUUCCAGGAGAUCCUGGAGGAUCUUGGAGAAUUCUGGAGGAUCCUGGGGAAUCCUGGAGGAUCCCAGAGCGUACCAGGGAAUCCUGGAGCCUUCCAGGGAAUCCUGGAGAAUUCUGGGAGAUCCUGGAGCAUUCCAGGAGAUCCUGGAGGAUCUUGGAGAAUUCUGGGAGAUCCUGGAGAAUCCUGGGGAAUCCCAGAACAUUACAGGAGAUCCAAGAGUGUUCUGGGGAAUUCUGGGGGAUCCUGGAACCUUCUGGGGGAUCCUGGGGAAUCCUGGAAAAUUCCAGGAGAUCCUGGAGCAUCCCAGGGGAUCCUGGAGGAUCCUGGAGGAUCCUGGGGAAUCCCAGAACAUUACAGGAGAUCCAAGAGCAUCCCAGAGAAUUCUGGGGGAUCCUGGAACAUUCCAGGAGAUCCCGGAGGAUCCUGGGGGAAUCCUGGAGGAUCCCAGAGUGUCCCAGGGAAUCCUGGAGCGUUCCAGGAGAUCCUGGAGGAUCUUGGAGAAUUCUGGGAGUUCCUGGAAGAUUCCAGAAAAUCCUGGAGCAUCCUGGAGAAUUCUGGGAGAUCCUGGAGCAUUCCAGGAAAUCUUGGAGGAUCCUGGGGAAUUCUGGAACAUUCCAGGAGAUCCUGGAGCAUCCCAGAGGAUCAUGGAGGAUCCUGGGGAAUCCCAGAACGUUACAGGAGAUCCAAGAGCAUUCUGGGGAAUCCUGAGAGAUCCUGGAGCCUUGCAGGAGAUCCCAGAGGAUCCUGGGGGAUCCCAGAGCAUCCCAGGGAAUCCUGGAGCACUCCAGGAGAUCCUGGAGGAUCUUGGAGAAUUCUGGGGGAUCCUGGAGGAUCCCAGAUCAUUCCAGGAGAUCCCAGAGUAUCCUGGAGAAUUCUGGGGGAUCCUGGAACAUUCUAGGAGAUCCCAGAGCGUCACAAGGGUUCCCAAAAAUUCCUGGAGCAUCACAGGGGAUCCUGGAGGAUCCAAAAAAAAUCCUGGAGCAUCACAAGGGAUCCCAGAAAUUCCUGAAUGGCCCCAGAGAAUCCUGGAGAAUCCCAAAUCGUCCCGGGGAAUCCCAGAGCAUCACAAGGGAUCCCUGAGGAUCCCAAAGAAUCCUGGAGUGUCCUAGAUCAUCACGAGGAAUCCCAGAGGAUCCCAGAAAAUCCUGAAGGAUCCCAGAGGGUCCCAGAAAAUCCUGGAGUGUCCCAGAGCAUCCUGAAGGAUCC